UUACCCGCCCCCUCCAGUCUUCUCUUCCUGCAACUAGCAUGAUUACUUUUUCUCUUAUUCCUUCUCAAGUCUCGCCCUUUCAGCUACCCGCUCUGCAGAGCUACCGGUUGCCCAAAAUGAGCCGGCAAAAACGCCGACGUGUUCAAAAGAGCGGAAGCAGACAGAUUUCACUGAGAAUCGUAAAGUGCGGCUUGGCUGGCUGUCUCCCUUUCCGGAUAACGACAACAGUUCCGACUGUCAGUGCCAGCCUUCCUUGUGUAUGGGGAUCUGCCCGACCCUUGCUAAUUCAAUUUUUUCCCCAUUCCGAGCCCUUCCCUAUCGUCGCCCCCUUCACCUUGGAUCAUGUUCAAGAAGCUAUUCAGUGUAAAGAAGACAAGAAUUCCUUGGGAACCUAUCUAGUGGGUUUGCCUUCCAGAUAUGGUAGACGCAAAAAGCAAAGUGGGAACAUGGGCGAAGGAAGAUUUGAUGAAAAAGAAAAUGUGUCCAACUGCAUCCAGUUGAAAACCUCAGUGAUAAAGGGUAUUAAGAACCAAUUAAUAGAGCAAUUUCUAGGUAUUGAACCAUGGCUUAAUCAAAUCAUGCCUAAGAAAGAUCCCGUCAAAAUAGUGCGAUGCCAUGAACAUAUAGAAAUCCUUACAGUAAAUGGGUUACUGUUUUUUAGACAAAGAGAAGGGCCUUUUUAUCCAACCCUAAGAUUACUUCACAAAUAUCCUUUUAUCCUGCCACAUCAGCAGGUUGAUAAAGGGGCCAUCAAAUUUUUACUCAGUGGAGCAAAUAUCAUAUGUCCAGGCUUAACUUCUCCUAGAGCUAAACUUUACCCUGCUGUAGUAGAUACAAUUGUUGCCAUCAUGGCAGAAGGAAAACAGCAGCUGUGUGUCGGAGUCAUGAAGAUGUCUGCAGAAGACAUUGAGAAAGUCAACAAAAGAAUUGGCAUUGAAGAUAUCCAUUAUUUAAAUGAUGGGCUGUGGCAUACGAAGACAUAUAAAUGAGCCUCAGAAGGAAUGGAUUUGGGCUAAAUAUGGAUAUUAUGCUGUAUCUGUGUGUGUCUAUGUGAGACAGGAUGAAGACAAUACCUCUGUGGUUAUGCUGAAUAAAUUCAACAGAUGCUAAAAUUCUGUUAGCUUCAAAAAUUAUUUGUUUUUCUUAAACUCAAGUUAAAAUUGGGUAACAAACUUGGACAUUAAAAGGUAUCUGGUAAGUAACCAAACUCAGACAACUUCAUGUCCUUUCUUAGGCUAAUAAUGAAGGGCUGGACUUGGUCAAGGAACUUGCCAAUAUAUGGCUGACACUCUAGAGAAUCUGACAAUUUAAUGGGCUGGAAGCUAGACUGGGAAUUUUAUCUGAUUAUCCCAAGGCACCUAGAAGUGCCCCUUCCCUCUCGUGUGUGUUUUUUGUUUGUUGUUUUUAAACUUUUCAUUAUGGGAAAUUCUAAACAUAUACAAAAGUAUGGGGAAAGUAGUCUAAUGGACCUUUUCUGUAUGUUACCUAGCUUCAAUUCAUGGCCAGUUUAUUUCGUCUAUAUCUCACUUAUUCUUUUCCACCCUACUCCCUAAGUAUUUUGAAGCAAAUCUCAGAUAUAUCAUUAAAUCCAUAAUUACUUUAAUAUGUAUCUUUAAAAGAUGUUUUUUUCUUAAAAAAAAAACACAAUAUCAUUAUCACACCUAAAAAAUUAUAUCUGGACUGUGCUCAAGUACGUGACAAAUGGACUUUCUCUCUUAUUUUUGUAAUCAUUGGUUUGCUUGAACUAGGUAUUAGACAAGGUCCAUAUAUAGCAUUUGGUUGUUAUGUCUUUUUAUCUAUAAGUUCCCCCUUUUUCCUUUUCCCUUUAAAUUAUUUAAGAAAUUUAGUUGUUUUGUCUUAGUUUCUUCCCACAUUCUGGAUUUUGUUGAUUAUAUCACUGUUAAUUUAACUUGUUGUAUGCCCUUGUAUAGCUUGUAAAUACAUAAGCUUGAUCAGA